GUUUAAAACUUUAACAAUGUCUUUAUGUGACCGAGUAAAUCAAUAUCAUAAAGCUUUGCAGGUGUAUAAAAUGAUAUUUUCGGUACAUGAAGUGCAAUUGUAACACAUGCAAUAAGACAUAGAGCUAAAAUGUUUCGUAGUGCACUGUAUUCUAUUAUUUUAUUUUGCAUUCUGAAUUCUUACACAAACGCACAUAUUGCGAGAGUUGUAACAAAAAUUGGAGAAAUCAUUGGAACUAAUGUAAAGUUAAGUGCAGGCGGCGUUCCAUACAGUGUAAAUCAAUAUCUCGGAAUACAUUAUGCCAAACCACCCAUCGGAGAACUCAGGUUUCGGAAACCGGAAGCGUAUGGCGAAUUAAAUUCCCCGUACCACGCUUCAGAUUAUGGAUAUAUUUGCCCCCAGAUUUAUAAUCCAAUGGAGCCAGUUUUUGGCACGGAGGAUGAAGAUUGUCUACACCUGAAUGUGUUCGUACCUGACCAAAAUGCAGAUCUUGAUAAAGGCCAUGCUGUUAUGGUCUGGAUACAUGGCGGGGCGUUCGUUCUUGGGUCUCCGGAAGAAUUCGACCCAAAGACUCUUUGUUCUGUCGGUAACGUAAUAAUUGUAACGUUCAAUUAUAGACUUGGUCCUUUAGGUUUUCUUAGUACAAAUGAUUCGAAUAUGGUAAGCAAUUUAGGAUUAUGGGACCAGCAUCUUGCAUUGCAAUGGGUUCGGGACAAUAUCGAGUCGUUUGGUGGGGAUAAAAAUAGAAUAACAAUAUUUGGUGAGUCAUCGGGAGCAGCAAGUAGUAUUAUUCAAGGAAUGUUUGCGGGGAAUGUUGGCUUGUUUCACAGAAUCAUUGCCGAGAGCGGAUCUCCUUCAAUGAGACCAAUGAACUGUUCAAGAAACGCACGUGAUCAAGUGAUCUCGAUUGCGAACAGACUUAACUGUGCAGCAGACGACACUGCAAAAAUUAUAGAAUGUCUAAAAACUAAGUCAUGGAGAGAAUAUAUGGCCGUAGCCAAUGAUAUGGCAGCAAACUUUGACAAUUUAGACAAUGUAUUUUAUGAUCCAGUGGUUGAUGGCGAAUUUAUAAAGCAAGAUCCAAGAGACAUUUCAAAACUGGCCAAGACAGAAAAAAAUAAAGAACUGGAUAACUUCAGAUCAUUUGAUUUUCUAGCAGGAAUGAACGCAUACGAGGGAGCAUGCUAUGUUCCAUAUUUCAUAGGAACAGACAGCCCAGAAGACUUUGCGCCAACGCCUGCAGACAUGGGAAAUUUGAUACUCGCUGUCACCGGAAUGGUUUACAACCGAAUGUUCUCAAAACCAGUCAUGCGCUUUAUUGAACACGAAUAUACAGACUGGUCCAACCCAUCAAACUUUCACAACAUCCGGAUGCAGUUUAUGAGACUGUUUGGAGAUACCGGUGUCGCAGUUCCGGUUGUAGAAUUCGGUCGUCUGCAUUCAACUUCGAAAGAAACCAAAUCAUACAUGUACAAAUUCAUGCCAGCCCCGACAAACCGGCGUAUGGCCACGCCAAGUUGGACCCCAGGUGCAGACCAUGGUGAAGAAACAAACUAUAUAUUUGGCGUCGAGGACAAACCAAAUAUCACUGGAUGGGAAAUACAGCUGUCCAAAAAGAUGAUGGAGUACUGGACAAAUUUUGCAAAAACCGGUAAUCCAAACAGUCCGUUAAAAAUAGAUCCGGAAUGGCCAGAGUAUGACCUUGACACUCAAAAAUAUAUGACGUUAGAUAAAACUAUGGAUGACAGCUCUGUUCAACAGUUUCUUUAUGCACGAGAGUACGAGUUUUGGAAUGAACUCUUCCCGAAAAUGGCGGAAACAUUCAAUGAAAUAGAAGAGGAGACGGUUCCAGAGGAAAUGCCAUGUUCUGAAGAGGAGCACACACAUGAACAUGUACAUGACGAUUUAUAGGGCAGGGGGAAUAUGUUUGCUGCAGGAGAAGUCAUUUAUAGUCGGGCGGACUGCAAAUUUUUCUUCCAUAAACGAAACGUUUUUGUAACGAUAGUUAAAUUUCGUAAACGGAUGAUAUUACUUGAAUGGACAAAUUGUUUUUGUUUCUAGUAUGUUUUUCGCUCAAUUAGAGCUCAGAUGAUUGUUUAGAGAAGGGAUUCACAUGCUUU